GAAAAAGAAGAUGCAGUCGUUGAUUGGAUCCCGCCGUUGCUACUUGCAAACCGCGCCAUUACAUUUGACUGAUGCAAGGGAAAGUUCGUCUGGUAUAUUUUAAGCAGAUGGAUACAACGUUGGUGUACUAGAAGCUUUCUUCCUGCUGACGAAUCUUCCAACAUACGUGUUCCAAUAAAUCUCUGUGGAUUAGGCUACCAUAAAACGGAUUGGAGAAUGUUUAUGAAUCGAAUGGUCUGAAAAUGGCAAGAUAUGCGGAAAAUGAUGUAAUUCGCCUCACCUACCCCAAAUCCAAAAUAGCUCUUUGGGACCCUACACCUAAUGGGGAUGCUUUUAACCUCCACCUCUCCAAUUCCAGAAACCCCAAACUACUUUUAUCUGAGAAAGUGCUUCGCUUGGCUCACCGUCAUGCCCAGCAGGGUAACAAGCCACAGUUUACCUGUUUCUUACUGGGUAAUAUAGUUGUAGAUGCUGAUGAGGAGGGUGUAACUGUGGCUCUAAACCGUUUCGACCUGGGUCGGGAAGAGCUUGAUACUUCUGUCAAGAUCCCCACUGCUCUGUUGCCUGGUGACAUUCUGGUCCCCUGUAUUUUUGGAACCCAAGAGCUGUUUUCUGCUGACAAUGUGUUCCAUGCUGCUGAAGACCAAAUGUCUUUCAAGAUGUUACGCCACUAUUGCUGCAGUCGUGAGCCAUUGGAUCUAGCCAAAAUGCUCAUUCUCAGAGCUCACCUUAGUGGCACCCAGCACACUGACACCCUGGACUUUGUUCUGCGCUGGGCUGCAAUCACUGUCGCCAACACAAUCAACACUUUGCCGAUCAAACCCAUCCCUAUUAUCCCCACGGCCCUGGCCAGGAACUUGACGGCGCUGUCUAUCUUGGCUCAGCCGUUGAACAGUGUGAACCACAGACGAGGUUUUUUGACAAUGGAUCAAACCCGCAAACUGCUCCUCAUGUUUGAGUCUGACCCUAAGGCCUACACUCUCCCAUUAGUAGGAGUAUGGCUAAGUGGAGUCACUCACGUCUCCAACCCCCAAGUGUGGGCGUGGUGUCUAAAGUACCUGUUCAGCUUCUCCUUCAAGGAUAGAGUGAUGUCAGAGAAUGGGUGUUUCCUGGUUGUCCUAUACUCACUGACUCACAGGGAGCCAGACUUCUACCAGUGCAACCCUGGAAGCAAUGAACAGAAGAUGGAUUUCCAGCUGCUCACGUGCACCAAGUCAUUCACACUCUUAAAGAAUGCAGAAAUGUCAGAGGGACUUGCACUCCAGUUUGAGCUCAGUGCAGAAAGCAAAACAUGCCAAAAAUUGAUCCUCUUCAGUGAACUGGUCUUUCAUCCUGUCCUUACAAGUGCAACAAAGGCCACUGUGGGAUCUCCCUUAACCAAGAUUUCUGCCAGCGAACAUGACUCUGGAGUGGUGGAUGAGGAUUUGUCUCCCAGACCAUCCCCAAACCCACACCCUCUCACUCAGAAGACUAACCGUGUCCACCCCUCAGUGCCUGAACUUUCGCUGGUAAUGGAGGGUAGUUUUAUGGUGGGCUCUCACAUUACUGGCCAAUCCCACAAUGCUCCAACCCCGGAUGUACAACAGACCGGCAGCAAUUCUGCCUACUAUGCCCACUCAGAACCUAGACACCCAGAUCAGGUUGCCCCACUCACUGAAUCUUCACCCAUCAGAAGACCCUUAAUGGUAGUUGCCCACCAAGAUCAUCAACAAUCUCUUUCUUUCAGCAAAAAGUCUAAAUCUCUUUUUAGGAAGCUGGCCAAAGAUGGAUGUAUACAAUGUUCAUCAUCCUUAUCCUCCUCUGUGGCGCUCAACCACAAGCACUUCCAAAGCACCCCCAACUCCAACCUGAAUGUGCCUUGCUCUUGCAUUUACACCCAACUCGAUGACCGAACCCCAAUACACCACCCAAACGUCCGACAGGGGUCCAGCCCUACUUCACAGCCACAAGUCAACUGCCUCCCCCCCUUCUGCCUUACCCACCCCAAUCAAAACACAGAGUGUCUUACCAUAGGCCCACAAACACACACCUUUUCAGCACACACAGAGUGCACUCCUAUAAAUAAAAAUGGUAGAGGUUGCUUUGAGCUACCGCCUCCAUUUGACUACCUGAAACAGUGCCAAGAUUCCUCCCCUGUUGCCACCACAUUGGUGGACCAACAAUUUGUUGUUGGACCAACUGGAAUCUUACCCACUGAUGCCUACCAGAUCCUUCAAGACCAGGAUCGGCAGCUUAAGUUUUUGCAAGCUCAAAUCCGAAAACUACUAGAGUGUCAGGAGAAGCCGAUCUGCCAAUUGCCAUCCACAGAAGGGACAGCCAUUCAAAGCAAUCAGACUUUUCCUGGACAACUUGCAUUGAAUAAAGUUAACAUUGCUGUAGAAACAGGUGCCAGUCUCUUUUGGGGAGACCCAGAUGUUCCUUCAUAUGAAGAGUGCUCACAGCAGGACUGGCAUGCAGACUUUGACCCUGAUGUCCCUGAUGCCAACAUACUUGAAGACAUGAAGGAGCAACAUGUGUCAGGUUCACCUUCAAACCAGUCGAUGCAAAGGUAUGGGGUAGUUCAUGGAAGCAGUUGUUGCCAGAGCCCAAAGUUGGGAGAGAGUGCCUCCAUGUACUGCCAGCCCUUGUCCCCAGAGAGAGAGAUCCCUGUCAGACAGGAUACUAGAAAAUUGAAGGAUGAGCACAUGUUUUAUCAGCAGCUAUUGGGCCAAGUGAAUAGUCGUCUCCAGGACACUGUGAAUGAAGAGCUCCAGAAGGAGGCAAUAGAACAUUCAAGUACUUCUAUCUUGGAAAGGCACAGCCUGUCCUCUGAAGGCUUUCCAUGUGAAUCAUCUUCAAACUACAUCUCUGGUGGCUGGAAGCCAGCUUCUAGCUCAGAGCACACAGACAUGGACCAUGUGUUCAGUGCCACACUACAACAGCUGAAGCAGCUAGGGGUCAAUAUGGAACUGGAUUCUGCCAACGCACACAAAGCCACACGUGUUGUUGUAGAAACUGCUAGCACCUUGGCUUACAUCAGUCCAGAAGCAGUGUUGCCCAGACUGACCCUUCCAAAGGUCAUGGACGCCAACAUGUGUAGCCUCACUGGCAGUGGAGACCUCAGCUUGGAAGCUAAUGCCAUUGCUUAUAAGUACUUGAAUGAUUCUCAGCUUGCCAGGAUGUCCUCAAGGCCCAAGCUCCGCCCCAAUGUCACUGUGCUCUCAAGGCAGCCAUCAGCUGAUAUUAGCUCUAUGGGACUAAGCCUGUUCUCUCCUAGCAACAUGUCCAUGGCUACCCAAAAAUACAUGAAGAGGUAUGGACUGAUUGAAGGGAACAGCAACCAAGAGAUGUAUGGGAAAAUGGAUGGUACUGUCAUUGUCGAAGUUGAUCAGGUCCAUCAGCAGGAGCAAAAGAGAGGUUUUGUUCAGAAAAAAAACUAUUCAAAUGAGCUAGCCCCCUCCUCAGGCGCUCUCUUUUCCCAGUCACAGAACCUGUGCUUACAAAGGCAACUGUGUCCCAAAACGUUUUUCAACCAUGACACCAAAUCAAGUCAAGAAAAGAACUCUGCAAAGCAGCUGCUGUCUUUACGUGAAGCACAUGAGGGGAGUCCACUGCCAGAAGGAGGGUCAGUUGGAAAUUUCUUAGACUUAAGUAGACUACAUCAGCUCCCAAAGUUAUUUUAGUUGACAUGCAGAAUCCAGUGCAAAGGCAGUCUAUCCAGUUAAAAUACUAGAUGGAAGGCUUCUAAAUUAUUUUAUUGUUUGUCUUCUCUUAUUGUUCAAGAUGUAACAAAAUUGUUAACAGAUUGGUUUUAUGUCUCAUUAGUUUUAUGACUUAUCGCCUUGGUGCACUAUUGCUCAUUUUUGGUUUUACAAUUCCAUAUUGAACGGUAAAAUUAUUAGGAAUGUCCAAUUAGUUGUAUUUCUGUAUAAUCUAUACUUUUUUGAGAAAUGUUUGAUACCAUGCCUAUGACCGGGACUAUCCUUGGCAAAAUGUCCUUAGUUGCUAGGGUUUAAUUGAAUAGUUUUAGUAUUUAUUUUCAUUUGGUUCAUUGAGUCAUUUAUUGACCUUUAGUAUCAGUAAUACAAAAAUUUAAAAAUUAAAUAAAAGAGCAACAAGCUAACUCAAUAAUUUACAAUUAGCAUUGGAUGCUUUAGUCCCUCGAUAAAUCACAUCUCCAUGUCAAAAGACUUUCUGGUACCAUGCUUUUCCAGACUCCAUUCUCUCUAAUCUACAUUAUUCCCAAUUCUCUAUUGUUUUGUCUUUACCAGGUGAAAAUUAAAGUAUUAAAAAGUUACAUGGACAAUUUCACAUUCUUUGCAAGCCUAGUUUGCCUUUGCUGUCUUGUAUUUUUUGCAUAUUUGAUUUCUUGAUCUGGAAUGGGCGUCAUCAGAUCUACUAGUCACAUUAUUUGUUUAGGUACAAGGUUAUGCUUUUUAGUUGUAAUUUCUGUGUUUUGUAUUUGUUUCAAUGUCCUUACAUUUUAUAUCAAAUGCUGAUUUUACUUGUUUUCCUAUUAAAAGUACAUUCUAAGAUUA